UGCGGAGCCUGUGUACAUCAUGGCGGCACCCACCUGCUGACAAAUACACAACGACGAAGAAAAUGAAGAUCGAAUUUAGGAUUUUGUGACCUCCAGUCCUAUCAGCCAAAAUACAACUAGUUAACUAAUCGGUCCACACCAUGAGUUCCUCAAGUGAAAGAAAAAAGAAAAGUCGGAAGUCCAAAAUACAUCCAGAUACUGGACGAGGUGUUGUAAAUGGAGGGUUUGAAAUGACCCCAGUGGAGAGUGAGGAGGAUAAUAACAGAACUUCAACCUUUAAGAAUAAAAUGAAAAACAAUAAAACACUGGCAGUGAAUGCACUCAAAGUGAUAUCAAAUGUGAGAGGCAAAGCAUCAAAAUGGGCUCAUUAUGUAAAGACAAGGAGAACUGCUAGGAAAAAUACCGACACAUAUGAAGAUAUAAGAAAAUGGAAAGUUGUGCAUCAUGAGGGAGAUAAUGAUACAGAAGACCAUAAACCUCAAAAGGAUAUCGGCCUGGGAGAAGUAGACCCAGGAUUUCUAUCCAAAGUUUUGUCUCAGGGCAGUAAACCAUCAUCAGUGGAACAUAACAGAGCACUGAUUCACUAUUUUGCCAAACUUGGGUGUUCUGGAGACGAGAAUGAGGCCAUUGAUUUAGACUAUGUAGAGGACUUGAUCAGGGCAGGAGCACGUGUGGACUGCACAGAUAAACAGGGGCAGACAGUACUACAUGAGGCUGCAAGAGCAUGGCAUGUAGAUGUUGCAAAGUUUCUGAUUGAACAUCAUGCCAAUGUUAAUCAACCUGAUGCCUUUGGAAGGACACCACUCCAUGUGGCAGCUUCUGUUGAUUAUGCAGAAAUGGUCAAUUUCCUUGUUGCAAAUGGGGCAAACAUUGAGGCCAAAAGCAAGGAAUUGCAGACACCUGUCCAUUUUGCCGCUAGAAAUGAUGCCGUGAAGUCCCUCACUGCCCUAAUUAAGAAUGGAUGUGAAUAUAAACAGGUUAGAGAUCACAAACAGAGGACACCUUUGAUGUUGGCAGCACAGCUUGAUCGCAGUGAGACAGCUCGUACACUUAUGGAAAUGGGAGCUCCAGCUGGCGUGACUGACUGUUACGGAGAAGGUGCAGUAGCUUGGAUGAUCACCAAGAUGGCACCAGUGGCUAAAGUUGCUCUGGACCAGUUUCAUGUGAAGGAUCGAGCUAAUAGGAAACAAUAUUAUUAUCUUAAACAUCUUGAGCCCAGGAAACCAGACCAUGAUGUAAAAGACACAGGCACCGAGACAAAAGGGUAUCCAAUGACUGCAAUGCAGGUAGCUGUGAAGUACCGCCAGUAUGAUAUCCUUAUGCAUCCAGUUAUGCAGAGGCUCAUUGCUAUAAAGUGGAGAAAGUUUGGAAGGACCUCUGCAGUCUUCAACACUCUUGUCAACUUAGUGUUUAUCAUAGUGUGGACUGCUAUUGGUAUUAUUAAUGGAGAGAAUUCCUACAUAUACAAUCUGCCAGACCAGUGGUGGAGAAUUUUGCUUUAUUGUGUUGGUGUACUCUUAUGGAUACAACAGAUAGCAGAAGAAAUGCGAGAAAUCUAUGGAUCUAAUAAAGAGUUUCAGCAAUGGAAAAGUUGGAGAGAAGAUGAUCUACAGAAAGAAAUAGACAACUUUUGUCAUCCACGUUGGCCAGAGGAAAAAGAAUACUUGGAGAAAGAAAUGGAAAACUUAGAUGAGCAGAAGGCAAAUUAUUGGAGUAAUUUUUGGAAUGUGUUUGACUGGAUUUGUUACUUUUCCCUCCUGAUUUCUAUUAUAAUUCACCUUGUGGAUGUAUUUGCCCAUACCGCAAUGCUGUCUCGCUGGCAGGUACGGAUCAAUGCUUUGUCCAUCAUUAUUAUUUGGCUACGUCUGAUGAAGAGUGCCAAGGCUUUCUCAUUGCUGGGUCCCUUUAUUGUUAUGUUGGGUCACAUUUUGGGGGAUGUCAUCAAAUUUCUGUUCCUGUACUUGGAGUUCUACAUCCCUUUCUCUUGUGCAUACUGGAUGUUGUUUGGUGGGACAAAAGUCAUAGAUGAUAGUACACUGUUUCCCAAUCCAUAUGGCAACCUCACUGUCCAAGCAACAGGCUUUCAGGAUGUGGGAGAGCUUAUAUUCAGCAUGUUCCGUCUUUCUAUGGUGGAUGAUUAUGACUAUGAGGGAAUGAGAAAGGCUGAUUUUAUGUUUGCUGAUAUUAUGGUGGCAGCUUGGAUGGCUUUAUCAGCCAUCUUGUGCUUGAAUCUUUUCAUUGCAUUGCUAUCAGAUACUUUCCAAAGAGUUUACGACAAUGCCCAUGCCAAUGCUGUGAUGCAGAAAGCCAUUCACAUUCUGACUGCAGAAGAAGGAAUGUCAAAUAAAAGAAGGGAAAAAUUCCGUAGAUACAUCCAUGAGGAAUUAAAUGGGGUUGAAGAAACAUAUUAUGAUGAUGAUUUGACAGCAACUGAUGGGGAGGAAGAUCUCAAGAAAGUUACCAUACAAAUCAAGGAACAACUGGACGACAUGCAAGAACAGUGGGAGAAUAAUAAUGGGGGCCAUGGUGGAGGUUAUUGGGGCAGUAAUGGUGGUGGUGGCGGAAAACCUGGUGCCAAAGGGGAUGGUAUUGACUCCCUCCUAUCCAAGAAAGGAGGAGGCUAUGAUUAUGGAAAUCCCAACACUUAUGAUGAAAAUACAAGGAGUUGUGUCUCAUUGGAAAAGUUUGAGAAUGAAGUUGACUCUUUAAGAGAAGAGAUACGAGGGAUUCGUGACCGCCAGGACGACAUGAUGGACAGAUUCAAGCAGGACAUCACAACUAUAACAAACCUGUUACAAAACAUUGUAGCACACCAAGUUGGACCAGGCAUUUCUCCUCGCCCAAGUUCCCACCUUCCUCCUCUUGAGGCUGGACCUGGGCUUAGGAUGUCUUCACUGCCAGAGAUGGACAACCUCCAGCAAGAGCAAACAGAAGAGAGGAGAAGACGCAAGGAAUUGAAAAAGUUAAGACGGCAGAUGAAAGCUGGAGAAAUUCCCAAUGUUGAAGAUGCAGAUGGCACACAAUCAAGAGCCAGUACACAUGGACCAUUCAUAAGUUCCAAGGAGCCAUUGAUAGAGGUAUCUACAGAGUACACUGACCCUCCCCAGCAAGGAGAAGAUGACCAAAGGAUGCCUGAUAUCAGGAUAAGACAGACCGUUUUGAAUAUUGAUAGGAUGCCUUCAACUGAUGCCUGAAGCAAAUGAAAACAGUACAGUGUAACGCUAAAGGAUGAUUCACCCAGUACCAGUUCUACUUGUUUGGAACUGCUUGUGAUCACAUGCGACAACUCAACAGGACACAGCCUCACAAGACAAGUGCAAUUGAAAGAUAAAACAGAUCAUGUCCUAUUAUGAUGUACUGAAUAGACAUUUAUAAGAAUCCUUUUUGAUUAAACUUUCUAAAUGCCUUGAUAAAAAAGGAAAGAAAUCCAAUAUUUUUUAUAUAUAUAUGUGUGUGUGAUUAUGUAUCAUGAUUGUUGACAUGUUUUAGGUUUGAGGUGAAUACACAAUAUGAGCAGCAAAAAGACACUGCAUUACAUAUAUAGCAGUCCAGAUAUUCUAAUCAUUAUUUUAGUACAUUUCACAUAUAAAUACAUAACAUAAAUAUGUUUUGUCUCAAAUUGACAUUAACAUUAAGAUAUUUUUAGAGUAGGAUACUAUUGUGGGAGUAUUGCAGAAUUAGGUGAUAUAUAUCAUGUAUUGCUUAUGGCAACUGUCUUUAAAUGUUAUUAAAACACAGCCUUAAAAGACAUGCUAAGUCAUGAACAUGUUGAAUUUAGGACAUUUAUACCAGUUUAUUUAUCUUUGUUGAUAUACUACAUGCAUGUAUGUAUGUAUGCAUCAGUUGUACAUGUAACAUCAGUGAAAAAGGUUGUGAUAUUUAUUAUGUUAAUAUCACUUUUGUUUUGAUAAAUAUAUAUAUAAGAUACUUAUUGUGUGAACGUUUUAGAGGUUAUAUCAAAACACAUACUAUUAAGGGUGCCAAUUUUAUAGAAAAGUAGCCAUAUGAUAAUCAGACUUCCAAACCAAAGGGACUGUUAUUUUUUUAUUGUAAUUUUUACAGUGGUGAAAUCAUUUACAUUGCAAAAUCUAUUCAAAACUGAAAAUUUACUUAUUCAUAAAAUUUUACUUAUUACUACAACUGUUUUGGAUGUGAAUUGGAAUUAAAAUAUGUUCAUUAUUUUUGUAGAUUUUUUGGUGCAUUUAUCAGCAGCACCCCUUUUAAAAAUCAGUUAGUCAUCAUGCCGUCCUUAUUUAACAUUUAUUUUGAAGUACAGAUUUAAUCUUUCUUAUUAUAUCGUCAGUCUUCAGAAACGUCAUAAUUUUGGUCUCCUGGUUUCAGUUACUGCAUUUUUCACUGGCUUGAAGUGAUUUUAUGCCCUGUCCAUCUUUUUUCAUCCAUCGAAUUUUUUUUUACUUCUUAUUGCACACCUGAAAGUGGGUGACAUAUUACAAUUUCGAGUCAGGGGCAGCCCUGGCCUCUCUGUAUUUUUACUUUAAUUUUUACUUUAAUAUUUAAGAAAUCGAAAAAGUUGUGAGGUUUUUACUGUUUAAUAUGUACUGUCUUACUGUAUAUGUCCAUUCUGUGUACAUUGAGGGUAUGUCAUAUAUUACGGUUAUCAUAUGAGAAAGAAAUGCUUAUUGCUAUAUUCUUUAAUAAUGUUAAUCUGGUACCCAAGUUUCAUGGGUGCUGAUUUUAAACUGAAAGGGGGAGGUAAUUUGAGAAGUACGAAAACCACCUGUUAUCAACAAACACAUUGCUAAACUAUAAUAAUAAUGAAGCAAUAAAUGGCCUGUCUCUGUAAA